AUGGAAAUCGAGCGAAAGAAAGCUAUGGCGGCGAAGAAAUUCUGGAAUAUGGUACGAGCAAUCGUGUUGAUGCUGCGUAAGGAGUUAUCCAAGAGUCGAAUUAUAAUGUCCGAUCUCCAUUUGAUGAUGAAGAGAGGCAAACUCGCGGGAAAGGCCAUGUUAAAUCUGAUGCAUCUCCACCAGAUCUCCGGCAGUCUUAAUCGCCAAACGGCCACCGACAUAGCUCAUUCCUUCGCUAUUGCUCCACAGGAUUACGAGUUUAGUUGCAGCAACAGCCCUGCUUUUCCAGCGCUGCAGCUCUACGGCAAGCGUGGAGGCAAGCACCACCACAAGUACAGCGAAGUUACCACCGUCAGUGCCGUUAAACGAGUGCUGGAGAUGCUGAACAACGAAGCUACAUCAACGACGGAUGUGGCGUCGCCUAUGGUGACGCUCGGGAUGAGUCCGAUGGUUAGGGUAACAGACUCGCCGUUUCCAGUUAAGGACGAGGGGGACCACAAGGUGGACGAAGCGGCAGAGGCGUUUAUCAAACGGUUUUACAGUAACCUGAAACAGCAGAGGGUAAAAGCGGCCUUGGAAUCUCCGUCGCCGUACCACCGUAUGUGGGGCCGAUGA